GUGCGCUGAUUUCCGGUUUGCAAACAAAUGAGACGCAUUGUAUUCUCUCGUUUCCUGCGUGCCUUUGAUGCUUCCAUCUCGCUCCGGGCUACUGGCGUGUCUGGGACUCCGUUACAUCCGCCUAUUCUAUCUAACUAUCGUCUGCAUCGAAGACACAGCCGCCUGCAUCUUCCCCGGCACCAUCAGCAGCUUGACUACACUGACUCUUUCCUCCGCCCAUCGCCUUGGAUAAAGCGCCAUGGCCAGAGCGUGCGUUAUCAGGUCCGCGUCUUCGUCAUGAACCCCUGUUUGGACACAGAGGAUUAAGUUACUGUUGCUGGCGGCGGAUUAUUUGAUUGGCCUUCUCCUGUCACGAGCCUUUGGUGAUCCCUCUUUCAAUUAACAAGGUCUGCACUCAAAAAGAGUCAAGCCAUGUCCUUCCGACGAGUUGUACGACAGAGCAAAUUCCGACAUGUCUUUGCUCAAGCGUGGAAAACGGAGCAUUGCCUGGAUGACGUGCGCGUGUCCCGGGUCACAUGGGACAGUCCUCUUUGUGCAGUCAACCCCAAAUUCAUAGCUGUAAUUGUGGAGGCGGGAGGAGGGGGCACCUUUCUUGUUGUCCCGAUUAACAAGAGUGGCAGAGUUGAUCAGUCCUGGCCAACUGUUUGUGGCCAUCACGCUCCUGUGCUGGACAUCCAGUGGUCGCCUCAUGAUGACAAUAUCAUUGCAAGUGCCUCUGAGGAUAACACAGUGAAGGUGUGGCAGAUCCCAGAUGGUGGACUAACCAAGUCAAUGACUGAGGCCAUAGUGACGCUAGAAGGACAUAGUAAAAGAGUAGGAAUCAUAGCCUGGCACCCGUCUGCCUUGAACAUCCUCCUUUCAGCAGGCUGUGAUAAUGUGAUUUGUGUGUGGAACGUGGGCACGGGCGAGCUCGUGUACCAGCUGAGCGAUGCCCACCCUGACCUCAUCUACAGUGUGAGCUGGAAUAAGGAUGGAAGUGCCAUCUGUACCGUCUGUAAGGACAAGGCUCUGCGUGUCAUUGACCCACGGAGGGGCUCUGUGCUUAAGGUGAAGGAGAAGGUCCAUGAGGGCACCAGACCAAUGAGAGCUGUGUUUUUAACCAAUGGAAAGAUCCUGACCACUGGCUUUAGCCGGAUGAGUGAGCGACAGGUGGCUUUGUGGGAUACGAAAGACCUCUCUGAUCCAAUGGCUAUGCAGGAGAUGGACUCCAGUAACGGAGUACUUUUACCUUUUUAUGACCCAGACACAAACAUGGUUUACCUGUGUGGAAAGGGGGACAGCACUAUCCGGUAUUUUGAGAUCACAGAUGAAUCCCCUUAUGUUCACUUCCUGAGUCUGUACAGCAGCAAAGAACCUCAGAGAGGAGCUGGUUUUCUUAGUAAAAGAGGUGUAGAUGUCAACAAGUGCGAAAUUGCCAGGUUUUACAAAUUGCAUGAAAGAAAAGUGGAACCCAUUUCCAUGACUGUGCCACGAAAGUCAGACCUGUUUCAGGGCGACUUGUACCCUGACACUGCCAGUCUGGAGCCUGCGCUGUUAGCAGAAGAAUGGAUCGCCGGGCAGGACGCUCCCCCCCUCCUCGUCUCUCUCAGUGGGGGAUACAGUGCCCCUCCUUCCAAACACGGACGAGACACACUGAGAGGAAAACCCAAGAUGCUCUCACAAGACUCUGGGACCACCACGUCUUCAGCUCCCAGCAGCAACAUCUCAACCACUGCUGCCAAAGAGCACAAAACUGAAGAGAUGCAGCACUCCAGGGCAGCACGAGAGACGGAUGGGAACAGCGACCGACCCAAGAAAGAGGAGGACCUCUUGAACGAGUUACUAGCUGAAAUGAAGGCUCUGCGUGCAGUUGUUCUGGCCCAAAACCAGAGAAUUGAGCUGUUGGAAAGGCAGCUCGCUCGGAUCGAAGAUGGCGAUGUAUGAAAACUCCUGCUUUUUUCAAACAGACCAUGGCCUUACUUGCGUCCGUCCAGCUGUGCAAGUGGAUUAGAAGCAUAGGCUAGUGGUAAACAGGUUAAAGCUGCAUUGUGUAACUUUUGGAGGAGGGUCCGUCACCAGUUUCUCUCCGUGGUGAUGUUGUCCAGAAUGUUCCACAGUAUCUCAUUACACUUAUUAUUACAUUUAUCCCUACGGAGACAGAAGGUGAUGCUACAAGGCCAAGUUACAUAUCAAAUCUGUGGAGAGAUGAGCCUACUCACAAUAAGAAUGCACAUUUUAACAUCAGUAAAAACCAAUGCUAUUGAAUAAAUGAAAGAUGGAUACGUUUAAUGCCAUACUGGGACAUUCCAGACAUAACAACAACAUCACUAUAGAAACAAGCAGAUGGUACCAGAAAAGUUACACAGUGCACCUUUUAACAUGAAGAAAAUAAAGCCUCAAUAUGUUAUCGUGAUUGAAAUGACUGUUUAGGAAUAUUGUAGCAGCAAUUAUAGUGUAUUGUAUCUUAAAGUGAAAUCCAUGAAUUCAUUUUUGAAGGACUUUGAAGGAUGUUUCAAGGCACUGUCGCCAAACACUAAUCUAAUGCACUAAAACAUAUAUCUAAAACUAAACAGUGAGUAUCUAAUUAACACUAUUAGGGCUAACCAAUCAGGUAGUAAAGCUGCUGUGAUGUCUUCAUUGUGUAGACCCUUUAAAAAUGUGUAAAUGAAAACAUUCUAAAUUUGGGAAUAGAGGUAACGGGAGGCAAAAGUGAAUUGGAACAUAAUGCGAUUUCAAUGGGAAAACUAGAAUAUCACAAAAUAUCAAAAUACAAAGGAAAUUUGGCUAAUGAAAAUCAUUCGGGUACAAGUGAGUGAUAUUAGAGUCUGGUUUAAAAACAUUUUCAAUUUUGUCUUGCGUUAGUUGAGAUGGACAGUAAGUAUUUCUGAGAAAGGAAAUAUCCAGAUUUUUAGGUUUCACUGAACAAAUCCCAUUUGGCCAUUACAGCUUUUCACUUCAUCUACAGAUAUAUUACACAGUUCACCAUAAAUUAUAGUUUUUAUUGAGCUCAAAUUUAAUUUUGAGGUUUGAAUUUUUUUUUUUUUCCACCUUUCUAAACAGAGAAGCAAAUUAACUAAUAUAUGUACCUUGGAAAUUCAAAAUAGUUGUUUAUUUUUUGUUAUCAUAUCGUAAAACCAUUAGCAUUUACAUCUGGUAAAACUGAAUAAUUGAAAAUACAUUAUGCCUCCUUCACUUUGCCUCGAGUCGCCUCUAUUCAGUAAUUUUGAACAAUCUGAUGACACAGAAUUUUAAAGGGUCUGUACAUUUUUAUUGUUUUGUUUUUUUUACUACGAUGCCAUGCAAGAGGUCAAAAAUGUAAAAUAUUAUCUGUUAUGCAUCAUGACAGUUGGGUUUGUGUUAUGGAAGUUGAAAAUGUCGAAGUGAAAUGUGUGUGUUGUAUUUGAGUGUAGUCUUAAAGUGAUGAAAAAAGGUAGCACUUGUGUUUUGGUACCUCAUGUUUUAGAGAUGAUUUUCUCUGGGACAGUUUUUUAUAAUUAUAUUAGCUUUAGCUGGUAUGUGUCAUUCCUCUGUCAAUUUUGAUUAAUCUUCCAAGGACCAUUUUCUGUGCUGUACGCUAAACAACGCAAUAAGUGGUAAGAAAGGACAGUGUGUUUUUUUUAACACUAUAUUGGAUUAGUAAUUUCAAACUAUAAAUGAACAGGAUUUGAAACUUUCUGAGGUUGUGAUCGUGUUUGAAGCUGGUGGAUUCCAAACUAUAGCACACCAUUAUGGUACAUUCCUUUAUUAACUGACCUCUUUCUUGUAAUUGUACACUACAUUUUCCUUUUAGUUGAAGCCAGUAGCACAUCAGUAAGACCACACUGUGUGAACACAAUAAACCAUGAUUUUCUCUUUGCA